AGCCGGAGGACGCGGAGCCCGAGCAGCGCGGGUCUGUUUGUGUGUCCGUCGGAGCUGCGGCGCGCACCCCUCCGAGCCCGGGCCGCCGCGCACCGACGUCAUGGCUACUCAGGAGCUCGCCCUGAAGCUGCAGCGGCGGCUGAGGCUGGAGCAGGAGGCAGAGGCCGGCCAGGGGCCGCAGCAGAACGGCCUCGACGGGGAGGGCUGCGGGCCGCCGACGGAGUCCGCGCGGGGCCGGAGCCCGGGUCCCCCCGCUUCGGGGGAGGAGCCGCCGGCCAAGGAACUCACGGCCAACGCCGACUCGGAGCUGAAGGCCCAGCUGAGCCGGCGCCAGAGCAUCCACGAGGGUACGGCGCGGCCCCGGCCCACCAAGGUCUUCAAACCCUACACCGAGUUCCCAGAGUUCAGCCGCCGCCAGAUCAAGGACAUGGAGAGCCUCUUCCGACGGUAUGACUCCGGCAAGGAUGGCUACAUCGACUUGAUGGAGCUGAAGCUGAUGAUGGAGAAGCUGGGCGCCCCCCAGACCCACCUGGGCCUUAAGAACAUGAUCAAGGAGGUGGACGAGGAUCUGGACAGCAAGCUGAGCUUCCGAGAGUUUUUGCUGAUCUUCCGCAAGGCGGCCUCGGGGGAGCUGGAGGAGGACAGUGGCUUGAUGUCCCUGGCCAAGCUCUCAGAGAUCGAUGUGGCCAUCGAAGGAGUGAAAGGGGCCAAGAAUUUCUUCGAAGCUAAGGUACAUGCCCUGUCCGUGACCAGCAAAUUUGAAGCUGAGAUCAGAGCAGAGCAGAUGGCCAGAAAACAGGAGGAGGAGGACAGGAAACACCGCAGGGCUCUCUUCAGAGAGCGCCAAGCAGCCUUCUCUCAGUAACCCCUGCCGGGCCAAGUGUGCCCAAGAGCGGCCAGAGACUUGCCUUGACGUCCACCCACUGUGCCUUAUAAGUUGGCCUGGGAGGAAUGCGCCCAGCGCCUUGUCCCCCAAGGAGGACCCAUUUCUUUGAAUGUUCGGUGAUGAUGACCUUUCUUCUUAAAUUUCCUGUGCUUUGGGCCCAAGGGGUAACUGGUAACCCUAAGACCCAGGGAGAUGCUUAGGGAAGGUAAAAGUUGGAUAGAAGAUUCAUUUUGCAAAAAGAGGGGAAAUCGUCCCUUUCCUCCAGCCAUUGAAAGUUUCCAGGACUUUGCCAUUUUCUUGGUGCCUUUUACUUUCCCUCUGUUCCCUUCCUUUUAGCCAAGCCUUUCAAAGAGGAAAUAAUGUCUGGUCAUUUGGCCAAAGAAAGGUACAACUCUUUACUUACCCUGUUCCCAUGUUCAAGCCGAUUGCCUUCUCACCAGAGGUAAACGCUGUUGGCUUUGUCUUAGAUUCUUCCCUCCUUCCCAUCAACUCCCAAAGGCGCAAGGUUGUUCAGCCAUCCUCCCUCGCCCAGCCUUUGAGCAGAGGGAGGGCUCCAAGAGGCAUGGAGUGGCCCCCCAAAAGCUCAUGGUAUUGGGAGCGGCCCUUCUAAAAGCCCCUCUCAUAUUCUGCCACUCCACUCAUACAGGUGAUUUUAUGGAAAGAAGCUCCAUUGUAGGGACUCCCCUUUGCCUCUGCAUGGUAAUAUGUUGUCAGAUCGCCAAUUUGGAUUGGAGGAUUCAUGCAGGGUGCCUGAAUCUAGCCAGAACACCUGAUCAUGGUUCUGGAAUGCCUAAUGUACAGACACGGGCCCACCCUCCAUGGCAGGUGCCCAUUCCAAGACCUCUGCCCCAAGGCUUCUGUGAAUGUGUGAGACUUCACUAUUGCUUCUUAUUUUCUUCUCCUUUCUAACUUUCCAUGGGGGAGCAACCCUUUUUCACCCUCAAUAUAGUUUUUUUUUUCCUUUUGACCUUUAAAAGAACAAAACCAAACGAUCAUGCUGUUAAAACUGGGCAUGGAAGAAUAAUGAAAAGAAAGUCAUUUUUAAUAGACUGAAGGACAAGAGUACUUGAAGCUCUUUUUAUCAAUACAAAAUAUAUCAACUUGAUAUUUAUUAAGGUAUGGGGGGGUUAUAUCUCUUUUGUAGCUGUUCUUUUCCCAAGAAAUUGGUGUUUUUCAGCCUUCUUAGUUUUCUUUGCUGAAUGAACUAUGCAAAUAAAACGUGUUAUCUCUCACUGGCUUGCUUCUUCUCGUUGAAUGGCUGGGAAAACUGAAGAUCAGAAGUAUGGGUCUGAGGGUUGCUUGGGUUUACUCACUUGGAUACCAACUGCCUGGUAAACUGCCCACGUGCACCCAGAACCAAGACUGGCUGGGGAGCACUAGUUAGCUUCUUCCCAUCUCCUAUAUGUAAGAGCACUAAUAGAUUUAAAGCCAGAAGGAAUAACUCCCCCAUUUUUUACAGAUGAACAAAAGCCCUGAGGAGGGGAAGGGACUUGUCCAAAGUCAUGCAGAUAGUAACAACAAUAAUAACUGCUAGCAUUUGCGUAGCACUUGAUGCUUUGGAAGAUGCUUUAAAAAUGCCUCUUUUGGGGGCAGCUAGGUGGCGCAGUGGAUAAAGCACCAGCCCUGGAUUCAGGAGUACCUGAGUUCAAAUGUGACCUCAGACACUUGACACUCACUAGCUGUGUGACCCUGGGCAAGUCACUUAACCCCCAAUGCCCUGCAAAAAAAAAGCCUCUUUUAUCCUCACAACCACCAUGGUGGGUAGGUGUAGUCAUUAGCCCCAUUUUACAGGUGAUGAAACUGAGGCAGACAGAGGUUGUGACAUAGGCUGGAUCUGAGCUCAGAUCUUACUGAUGACACAGCCAGUAUACUAGCCAUUUUCACCCCCAGCUUUAGUGUGGGCCCAACAUUCAUUCGUUCAUUAAGCAUUUAUUAGGCACCUACUUUAGCCAGGUCCUAGAAUUCAGAGAUAAAAACCCUCCAGGGCCUUGUGUUUGAUGGAGGGGAAAUGCUUGGGUACAGAUUUGAACCUGUAUCUUCCUGACUCCAGGCCCAGCAGUCUGUCCUACUGCUGGCGGGGCAUCAGGGACCAUCUGGUCAAAUCACUUCAUUUUAAAGCUGAGGAAACUGAGGCUCAAGGAAGUUAAGUGAUUUGCCCAUAGUCACACAAGUGACAUGUCCAGAGCAGGAUUUGAACCCAGAGCCAGUGUUCUCUCCAUUGUACUAAAGUCGCUCCUCUAAUUUCGGGUCAUCAUUGGCUUCCCAUCGGUGAUCAGGGCAGUUCUGGCUGGGUGUACACUGGGCUUAGGAAGGGCUCAUCAGAGUAGCCAAAGCAUUUCCACCAUCUACAGUAUUGACCAGGGUUUUUGUCCUGAAUACAAGACAAAGCGAAAAGAAAUGAAAAUCCACCCAACCUCUGUUCCUGGCUUCCACGUCCCUCUUAUUUCUAAUGCCUCCUAUCUAGGAUUAUCUCCAGCUUAUUUUCUAUAUGCCUUGUUUGUAGGUGGUUCUUGGCUUGCUUCCUCCCCCAAUUAGACUGUAAGCUCUUUGAGGGCAGGGCCAGUGUUUUUGUAUCCCCAGCUCUUAGCACUGUGCUUGUUUCUUGACUUGGGUAGGUGGGAACCUGUGUGUGUAGAAUGUUAUAUACACUGUCAAAGAUGCUUACUGUGUCAUGGAAAGAUUCACUGAAUGGAGAGUUGGAGGUGUAUUUGGAAAAGUCUGAUGUAAAAACACAAGGCAUCAAUAAAA